AUGGCGCUUGAUGUAAGACAUAACUGGAGAAGGAUAGGUCACCCACGGGUGGCGUGUGAGUGCCCUGUACAGCCGCGGGAGGCAUGUGAGUGCCCUGUACAGCCCCGGGUGGUAUGUGAGUGCCCUGGACAGCCGCGGGUGGCGAGUGAGUGCCCUGGACAGCCGCGGAAGGCGUGUGAGUGCCCUGGGCAGCCGUGGGUGGCGUGUGAGUGCCCCGGACAGCCGCGGGUGGCGUGUGAGUCCCCUGGACAGCCGUGGGUGGCGUGUGAGUGCCCCGGACAGCCGCGGGUGGCGUGUGAGUCCCCUGGACAGCCGCGGGUGGCGUGUGAGUCCCCUGGACAGCCGCGGGUGGCGUGUGAGUGCCCUGGACAGCAGCGGGUGGCGUGUGAGUACCCUGGACAGCCGCGCGACGACCAGCGGUGA